AUGCCCCUCAUCUACUUCGCCCUGGUUCUAAUACUUGGAACCAUAGCCAUUGCAAUUAUAGUUUUCACUUUCGUCAUGAUCGGAAGCUGCGCCAAUCCUCCCUGGUCAUCUGUUCCAAGGUCCACCAACCCUGUUGGAGAGAGGAGUUCAUCGGCUUUAUUGAACCUGAGCCCUUAUUUAGCUUCCUCGUUCAAGUACCGGAAAGGGAUGGAAAAGGCACAAGCAGCUGGGGGAACGGAAACGGAAUGCGUGGUGUGCCUGUUAAGAUUUGAAGAUGAUGACGAGGUACGACAGCUUCAUGGGUGUAAGCACUCUUUCCAUGCUCCUUGUAUUGAUAUGUGGAUGUACUCUCAUUCCAAUUGCCCGCUUUGUCGCACCCCUGUUGAUCGACGAGCUGCUCUUGAUUUCGUAUCAGAUGACAACUCCUCGUCCAUCGACGUCUUGACAGAUAUUAGUAUCACUCCUUAA